UCAUGUUUGCAGGGUUCCAUCUACUGGGGAAAAAGAGACCAUGUCCAUAAAGCACAUUUAUUUUGCAUUGUUAAUCCAGAUGAUUAAAUCAUGUAUUUAUAUUAUCAAAGUCAAUAUUUUAUUUCAAGUCAAUUAUGUAGCAGAAAAUAAGCUCGGGAAACGGAACAAUUCAUUUUUUUGUAGGCAUAUUUUGGACCGCUAUAUUCAACAGACAGAAACACGUGGGGUCCUUUUCCUCCAUAGAUCUACACAACGUGAGGACCAUGCCGAAGUCAAAGAGAGACAAGAAAAUUUCACUAACAAAAACAGCCAAGAAGGGUCUGGAAACUAAACAGAACUUAAUAGAAGAGUUGCGGAAAUGUGUGGACAUUUACAAGCAUCUGUUCAUCUUCUCUGUGGCAAACAUGAGGAACAACAAACUGAAAGACAUCAGGACAGCCUGGAAACACAGUCGAUUCUUUUUUGGCAAAAACAAAGUCAUGAUGAUCGCUAUAGGUAAAGGACCAACAAGCGAGUACAAAGACAAUUUGCACAAGGUCAGCCGGUUUCUGAGGGGAGAAGUGGGUGUGUUAUUCACAAAUAAAACCAAGGAAGAGGUACAAGAGUAUUUCAGCCAGUUCAAAGAGAUGGAUUUUGCACGAGCGGGAAACAAGGCAGGGAUGGCCAUAACACUUGAUGAAGGACCCCUUGAACAGUUCCCUCACUCCAUGGAGCCACAGCUGAGACAGUUGGGACUCCCCACAGCACUCAAGAAAGGGGUGGUGACGCUACUGAAAGACCAUGACGUGUGCAAAGAGGGAGACACACUAACCCCUGAACAGGCCCGUAUUCUGAAACUCUUUGGGAUUGAGAUGGCAGAAUUCAGAGUGCAGAUCAAGUGCAUGUGGAACUCUGAAACGAGCGACUUUGAGAAGCUGGCUGAGGAAGAAGAGGAAGAGGCCAUGCAGGAUAAUGACACAGAGGAGGAAGAAGGGGGUGGGAAAUGAAUCUGGAUAGACUAAUGGACUUCUCAGACCUUAGGAUUUUAAUACUGUGUGACCUGUAUGUUUUAAUGUCUCAACCUUCAAGUGUUUCCUUUUGCCUAUGAAAUGCUAGAUUUCUGGUAUGUUACCCAUUGAAUCUUGUGAACAUACAUUUUGUGCUUUAUACAUCUUUUGUCGUCCACUCAAAUACAACAGUACAAACUAAAACAGUUUGCUUGGUUGUGUCUUAUAAAACAUCCCACAAUUUUUUUUAGUGGGAAUUGUUUAUGCACAGUAUAGCUUUAAAAUUGCCAGCUAUGUAAAAUUGUUAGGCACAUUUUGAUCAUUACAAACGCACCGGCCAUGGCAGAUCAGUGAAGAUAAAAUACUCCCAUUGUUCUCCAGUUGAUUAGACACAGCCUCCAGAAAAUGUUUUUCCCUAAUUCAUUGAAUUUACAUGAAUUGCUCACCAUUAGAAUAUACAAGAUCAAAGUAAUCUGUGCCUUUCGUAGUUUGUUUUAAUGAAUACUUGCAUCAAUCUGAUAACGAAAAAUCUCACUGUACAAUUAGCCAAUUGUUAUAUGGUUUGUGGAUAAUGUCGAUAUAGUCAAUCAGAUGACCAUGGGUUUUUGAAACAUCUAGCAGAGGUAAUUGGGGCUACCCGGUCCCAGACCUGUUGGAAGGCCUCCACCACCCGCUCAUCUAGAGGGCCCUCCGAGGCAAACGGGUUCUGCUGCGGCUGCUCGGUGCAGGACAUUCCAAUGAUGACACUGUAUCCCAAAUCCCUCUGGAACAGUGGCGACAAAACCCAGGUGCAAGAGGACCCAACCAUUUGCACUACACACGUCUAACUAACUAAACAUUUAUGGUAAUAAUUGUAGCUAGUACUGCUGACAUUGAGUGGCAAUUGUCAUGUUCAACCUAUUGUUAAAUGUAUUUAAUUUUCUUUCAUAUAAAGGUGGAAUAUGUAGAAAUC